AUGCAGGAGAUGAGUUUCGAACCCAAUGCCCUUACCUAUGCGGCACUUUUGGCGGUGUCUUCUCCAAAGACGGGCUUGGAACUGUUGAAACAGAUGCCUGUGGUGUCCCUGCAAAUUUACAGUGCCGCUGUGGGCCUUUGUCAGCGCAUGAAUGAUUGGAGAACUGGACAUCAACUCAUACAUGACAUGCGGAGCAAGCGCUGUGAUCCAGACGUGGUGACAUACUCCUUUUUGAUCAGCUGCCAUGAGACGGCCAACCGCUGGCGUGAAGUGCCAGAUCUCCUAGCCCAGUUGCAGGAAUUUAUUCUUUAG